UUUCUUGUGUGUUUUUUUUUCAAGCUUCCUGCUCUAUAGGGAACUUGGAUUGCGAGACCAGAAAGUUUCAAUAUCUUAGCGAGUGACGCACGACAAGGCCUAGCCUACAGAUGUAAGGGGACAAGCUGGCCUCGUUAUGGCCCCACUGGGGCUGGUCCCAGUUUUCCUGGCUGUGGUAGAAUUAAGCCUGAUUCAAAUGAAAGCUGGUGAGGCCUUAGGGACUGUCCUCAUCCCAGAUAAUGUACAAAGGACAGUCUCAGACAAACGGGCCUCGCUCCACUCCAGUGCAAGAGGAAGGAGGGAGUUGGUGACAUGCUCGAUAGGAGAGUAUCUUCACCCAAAUGGGAGCCACUGUUGUAUGAAAUGCCACAAAGGAACAUACGUGGCAGAACACUGUUCAGGGCAAGAUAAGGCAACCAAGUGCGCAGUGUGCCGCCCAAAUGCCUUCAUGUCCAUAGAAAAUUAUUCUGAUAAGUGCUUUGGAUGUGGACGCUGCCGGUCAAGCUUUGGACAGAUAACAAUAUCCAGCUGUACUCCUGAGCGCGACACCGUUUGUGGCUGUGGAGAAAAUCAGUACCAGACUUCAGACAAACCUGAGUUCUUUUGCAAGAAAUGCAGUCGCUGUCAAAAUGGAACAAUCAGGCAAGAUUGUACCAAAUUUAAGGACACAAUAUGUGAGUGUCUCCCUGGAUUCUUUCUUCGGAAAAAUGAAAACAGCUGCUCCCCGUGCACCAGCUGCAACAGCCUUGACUGUGAACCAUAUUGUAAGGAACCGCUUCCGGUAAUGAAUCCAUUAAGUUCCCAACAAGUCAUGUUUGUCCUCAGCUCAUUGGUCAUCAUCUUUGGAGCUUGUUGUAUAUUCUUCCUGACAAGGAAAAUUGCCAAGCAAUAUCGUCAGAAGAAACAGAAGCCAUCUUCUGAUUUAUUUUCUUUGACCCCGGAGUCAAUGAGAGAACCUACUUCAAAGGUUGCAGACUGCACUCUUCUGGUGCCACCUCUAGAAACAAAACAGUUGACACAGUUAACCGCAAGUGUGCCUCUACCAGACUGUGUGAGAUCUGCAGAAAAGAGGCAGAUCCCAAAUCGUCCUGAAGUUUUGUAUGCUAUUAUGGAGCAAGUGCCACCAAUCCGGUGGAAGGAAUUUAUACGGUACCUGGGACUGAAAGAAAAUGUAGUGGAGAGAAUUACUAUAGAACAGCAUUCCUUCAGAGAAGCACAAUAUGAGAUGCUGAGACAUUGGAGGCUGCAGGCAGGCCAAGAUGCCACCGUGGAGCGCAUCAGCAAUGCUCUCAACCAGAUGGAGCUGAAUGGCUGCAGUGAGGCCAUUCAAGAAGCCUUGGCAAACCAACACUAGAUAUUUUGUCUUCUUGCUUCUUUUCAAGCAAAACCGGUUCACACAUGCAUGUUCAUUUCUUGGUGGCAUCAUUGUUUUGGUGCUUUGCGUGAGUCAGAGUUGUUACAACAGUAUCAAAGUUCUGUUCAUGGUGCAAGUUACCACUAGCAUUUCAGCUCACCCAUCAUUAGGUGCUGAAGACAUAAUAAACAGCGGACACAUCGUAAGAGAUUUGUAACUAGAGGAAGGUGUCACUCCAUUCCCUCUGACAAAUGUAUAUCUAAAAACAGUUUUUGCCACAGUUAAGCCCAGUUUCUCCUCCUGGAAUUUGAUUUUGGCCCCUCUCUUUGGCCAUUCAUCAUUGCCAUCUUGUUUUUAAAACUUUGGAGAGACUGAAAGCAGAUAAUUUCAUCAAAUGCCUUGCUUUAUAAGAGAUGUCUCUGAAAUGAGUAAUGUUUUCCAAUUCACUUUUUUUUUAGGCUGCACUAUGAGACCCAUCUUUUUAAAUACUUAUAUGUUUUUA